AUGGAAUCUGGGAGAAGGGGAUGGAAUCUGGGAGAAGGGGAUGGAAUCAGGGAGAAGGGGAUGGAAUCUAGGAGAAGGGGGUGGAAUCUGGGAGAAGGGGGUGGAAUCUGGGAGAAGGGGAUGGAAUCUGGAAGAAGGGGAUGGAAUCUGGGAGAAGGGGAUGGAAUCUGGGAGAAGGGGAUGGAAUCUGGGAGAAGGGGAUGGAAUCUGGGAGAAGGGGAUGGAAUCUGGGAGAAGGGGAUGGAAUCUGGGAGAAGGGGAUGGAAUCUGGGAGAAGGGGAUGGAAUCUGGGAGAAGGGGAUGGAAUCAGGGAGAAGGGGAUGGAAUCUGGGAGAAGGGGAUGGAAUAUGGGAGAAGGGGGUGGAAUCUGGGAGAAGGGGAUGGAAUCUGGGAGAAGGGGAUAGAAUCUGGGAGAAGGGGAUGGAAUAUGGGAGAAGGGGAUGGAAUCAGGGAGAAGGGGAUGGAAUCUGGGAGAAGGGGAUGGAAUCUGGGAGAAGGGGAUGGAAUCUGGGAGAAGGGGAUGGAAUCUGGGAGAAGGGGAUGGAAUCAGGGAGAAGGGGAUGGAAUCUAGGAGAAGGGGGUGGAAUCUGGGAGAAGGGGGUGGAAUCUGGGAGAAGGGGAUGGAAUCUGGAAGAAGGGGAUGGAAUCUGGGAGAAGGGGAUGGAAUCUGGGAGAAGGGGAUGGAACCUGGGAGAAGGGGAUGGAAUCUGGGAGAAGGGGAUGGAAUCUGGGAGAAGGGGAUGGAAUCUGGGAGAAGGGGAUGGAAUCUGGGAGAAGGGGAUGGAAUCUGGGAGAAGGGGAUGGAAUCUGGGAGAAGGGGAUGGAAUCAAGGAGAAGGGGAUGGAAUCUGGGAGAAGGGGAUGGAAUCUGGGAGAAGGGGGGGAUGGAAUCUGGGAGAAGGGGAUGGAAUAUGGGAGAAGGGGAUGGAAUCUGGGAGAAGGGGAUGGAAUAUGGGAGAAGGGGAUGGAAUCAGGGAGAAGGGGAUGGAAUCUGGGAGAAGGGGGUGGAAUCUGGGAGAAGGGGGUGGAAUCUGGGAGAAGGGGAUGGAAUCUGGGAGAAGGGGAUGGCAUCUGGGAGAAGGGGAUGGAAUCUGAGAGAAGGGGAUGGAAUCUGGGAGAAGGGGAUGGAAUCAGGGAGAAGGGGAUGGAAUCUGGGAGAAGGGGAUGGAAUCUGGGAGAAGGGGAUAGAAUCUGGGAGAAGGGGAUGGAAUUGGAGAGAAGGGGAUGGAAUCUGGGAGAAUGGGAUGGAAUAUGGGAGAAAGGGAUGGAAUCUGGGAGAAGGGGAUGGAAUCUGGGAGAAGGGGAUGGAAUCAGGGAGAAGGGGAUGGAAUCUGGAAGAAGGGGGUGGAAUCUGGGAGAAGGGGGUGGAUUCUGGGAGAAGGGGAUGGAAUCUGGGAGAAUGGGGAUGGAAUAUGGGAGAAGGGGAUGGAAUCUGGGAGAAGGGGGUGGAAUCUGGGAGAAGGGGAUGAACUAUGGGAGAAGAGGAUGGAACCAGGGAGAAGGGGAUGGAAUCUGGGAGAAGGGGAUGGAAUCUGGGAGAAGGGGAUGGAAUCUGGGAGAAGGGGAUGGAAUCUGGGAGAAAGGGAUGGAAUAUGGGAGAAUGGGAUGGAAUAUGGGAGAAGGGGAUGGAAUCUGGGAGAAGGGGAUGGAAUCUGGGAGAAGGUGGUGGAAUCAGGGAGAAGGGGAUGAAAUCUGGGAGAAGGGGAUGGAAUCUGGGAGAAGGGGAUGGAAUAUGGGAGAAGGGGAUGGAAUCUGGAAGAAGGGGAUGGAAUAUGGGAGAAGGGGAUGGAAUCAGGGAGAAGGGGAUGGAAUCUGGGAGAAGGGGGUGGAAUCUGGGAGAAGGGGGUGGAAUCUGGGAGAAGGGGAUGGAAUCUGGGAGAAGGGGAUGGCAUCUGGGAGAAGGGGAUGGAAUCUGAGAGAAGGGGAUGGAAUCUGGGAGAAGGGGAUGGAAUCUGGGAGAAGGGGAUGGAAUCUGGAAGAAGGGGAUGGAAUAUGGGAGAAGGGGAUGGAAUCAGGGAGAAGGGGAUGGAAUCUGGGAGAAGGGGGUGGAAUCUGGGAGAAGGGGGUGGAAUCUGGGAGAAGGGGAUGGAAUCUGGGAGAAGGGGAUGGCAUCUGGGAGAAGGGGAUGGAAUCUGAGAGAAGGGGAUGGAAUCGGGGAGAAGGGGAUGGAAUCUGGGAGAAGGGGAUGGAAUCUGGGAGAAGGGGAUGGAAUCUGGGAGAAGGGGAUGGAAUCUGGGAGAAGGGGAUGGAAUUGGAGAGAAGGGGACGGAAUCUGGGAGAAUGGGAUGGAAUAUGGGAGAAGGGGAUGGAAUAUGGGAGAAGGGGAUGGAAUCUGGGAGAAGGGGAUGGAAUCUGGGAGAAGGUGGUGGAAUCAGGGAGAAGGGGAUGA